CUAUAAGUCCUAUAAGGUUUCACGUUUCUUCUGCUGUCGCAGAUAUAUAUAUUAUCAUAUUUUUUACAUACAUACGUAUCUAUAGUAUAUCUCUUCGUAAACCUGCGUUAUACCUACAACGGCGAUGAAAUUAUUCGUGAUUUUUUCCACGGCAUUUGCCCUGGCGGCGGCGAAACCAGGUUACGAAGUAGCCGCCGAUCCUGAAUACGGUUAUCAAGGGCCGGCUGCACCCCUCGCUCACGAUGGCACCGUACUCGACACACCGGAAGUUGCCCAUGCAAAAGCUGCGCACUUGGCUGCUCACGCCGCCGCCGCUGCGAGGGCGGCCCACGGACACUCCGGAUACGAACAUCAGAGACCUGUUUACGGGUACGAAGAUCCUUCGGGGUACGACGCCGCGGCCUAUUCCGCACCAUAUCAUCAAAACCAAGGUUAUCACGGACCGCCAGCACCCUUAGCGCACGAUGGACGCGUCGUGGAUACGCCCGAGGUCGCUCACGCGAAGGCGGUACAUCUCGCCGCUCACGCUCACGCGGCAGCCAGAGUCGGUAAUUACAGAAGUUACGAGGACGAAGGCGGCGCUCCGGAGGGGGGGGCCUUUUACGGAGGGCAACCCGUGGCCAGAGGUCACGCGGGUUACGUACUUCCCGUUCAAGUUCACUACGCUCACGCUUCUCCGGUUGGUUAUCGAGGGCCGCUGGCACCCUUGGGACACGACGGUCGGGUCAUAGACACCCCUGAAGUAGCGCACGCGAGGGCGGCGCAUCUUCAAGCUUACGCUCACGCGGCGGCGCUCGCGUCCCGUAACGUUGGAUACUCAUCGGCGGAAGCGCCGAGCCACGAAUCUCAGGAGGUUCGUUCCUCGGGAGAAUCGGGACCGUCGCAGGAACAGAGUUAUUAUUAUAUCACUCUGACCGCCCUCUCGGCAGUGGCGCUGGCCAAGCCGGGCCACUCGGGGUACAAAUCGGGCUGGAAUUCCGUCUACGGUCCGUCGGUAAGUUACGGUGGUUACCACGGGCCGUCUGCCCCGUUAUCGCACGACGGGAGGGUGAUCGAAACACCGGAAGUCGCCCACGCCAAGGCCGCUCACCUGGCGGCUCACGCCGAAGCGGCAGCUAAGGCGUCCUGGGGUGGACCCUCCGACGAAGACGACCACGGCUACCACGGCGGACAACAGUCUUUGUACGGUUACGCGUCACCGGCUGCUGCUUUCGUGAACAACGUUGCUCAUCACGGUCACGGUUACCACGGACCACCCGCACCCCUCGAUCACGAGGGUCGCGUCGUCGACACGCCGGACGUCGCUCAUCUCAAGGCUGCCCACUUCGCCGCCCACGCCGAGGCGGCGGCAAAAGCUGCCCACUACGGAGGCGGUUACGGCUCGGGUUUCGAGGGGUCGGCUGGAUACGGCGGAUAUCACGGACCGGCCGCACCUCUGGCUCACGACGGAAGGGUAGUCGAUACUCCCGAGGUAGCUCACGCAAAAGCUGCUCAUUUGGCCGCUCAUCACUCCGCCGCAAGCAGCGUCGGCCAUGGUCCGUCGUACUAUCGAGAUGCGGUAUACGCUCACGGUAGCGCACCUUCUUACUAUCGGAAAUGGUGAUAGCUGAAGGAAGAAAUGAAACUCGACGAGGAAAUAAUCACGAUGUGGACUAACGACUAUGACAAAACGCUCUAAGGGAUGAUCGUCUCGCGACGAUUUUCGCCGACGGCAGCCGUUUUAGUUUACCGAUGCUGUGACCUGUUCCCUAGUUUUUUUAAGACACACCGAUAAUAAAGGAUUGUUACUGUACUUAUAA